AUGUACUCGAUCAGGAUACAGUAUGCUAAGGGUGUUACUCAUAUGAUGCCUUCCGCAGCGGGGUCUAGAGAGGCCCUCAACAGAGCUCGAGCUCGGAGGUUGUCGGGGGACAGGACGGCCGCGUGGUAUGCUAAUGUUCCGUCACCAUAUGUUACUCUGGCUAGAAUACGUGCUGUAGAGACUUCGAGGCACUUCGUCAAGAUGCGGUAUAGGAGUGGGGAUCAUAGCGUUUCGGAAAAAUAUGUUCUUCCCGAAAUUGCCGCGAAAAGUGUGCAGCAAGAGGCAGGACAGGAGAUGCAGAGAUCGCGGUUCCGAUGUGAUGCUCUGUUGAAGGAUCUCGACCGUUGUAGAAAGGAACUAAAGAGGACCAAGGAUCAAUUCCAUGACGCCUUGGUUGCCUCCCAGGACUUCAACUGGAAUGCCAAUAAGAAGUCCUACUUCGCCUCCUUUGAAAGUCUCUCUGCGCAUCGAGAUGAUAAAGGAGGACACGCGGCCACACAGAAGGGCAAAAGUACGGCUUUCGGCCCUGAGGAAAUUGAUAAGGUACGCAUCUUCAUUGAUCUGGCAGCAGAAGUAUCACCACGAGAGAGGGCUCUGAGGGAGGCCGCGAAAAUGUAUAAAAUCCCACUUUUUGAUGCGGAAAAUAUAUGGAAAAAAUUCAAAAAAAUUUGCGCUGAAGGCUCAUCUACGAUGACUAAAAAGGAGUUCGAGAUCCUUUUACUACAGCUUCUACGGGUGGCGGCCAUUCGCCCUAGUAGGUUGGACGAAUGGUGGCGUAGUUUGGAUCGCCAUAAAAAGGUGCCCUUAUCCAAGGAGGCCCUAAGGAGGAUAUCUUUCGAGGCUGAGGCGUUGUCGGCUAAGCUGGCCAGUGAGGCUUUGGCCAGCAGUAGAAAACGAAGGGAGGCAACUAUAGCUGAUCACGACAGCGAGAUGGUAUCAGAGGUGGAUGCCGCCGAGGAGGACGAUUUAAUGCGAGCUCUGGCAGGAGGAGAGAAGGAGGCUCUCUCUGGAGAGCAACGGGUGACCCUAGAGGACGUCAUUGUUGCAGCCAAGGCCCUGGGCUUGGCCCUACCGUUGCGGGGUCGUGCUGGACCCUGA